AUGGCCGACGCAAUUGAUCAGCUCAAGACCGAGCUCAGCGACGAUGUUCGCGUCGAGGGCUACGACCCCCUCAUCCCUCCCCAGCUGCUGUCCUCGGAGCUCCCGGUCGGCGACGUCUCGCAAAAGACUGUUCUGAAGGGCCGCCGCGAAGCCGCCCGCAUCAUUUCCCAGCAGGACGACCGCCUGCUGGUCAUGGUCGGCCCUUGCUCCAUCCACGACCCCGAGACCGCCGUCGAGUACUGCCAGCGCCUCAAGGCCCUGGCCGACAAGCUGAACAACGAGCUGUGCAUCAUCAUGCGCGCCUACCUCGAGAAGCCCCGCACCACCGUCGGCUGGAAGGGCCUGAUCAACGACCCGGACAUGGACGAGAGUUACAAGAUCAACAAGGGCCUCCGCGUCUCGCGCAAGCUCUACUGCGACCUGACCGGCCAGGGCAUGCCCAUCGCCAGCGAGAUGCUCGACACCAUCUCGCCCCAGUUCCUCUCCGACCUGAUCUCGCUGGGUGCCAUUGGCGCCCGUACCACCGAGUCGCAGUUGCACCGUGAGCUGGCUUCCGGUCUGUCCUACCCCAUUGGCUUCAAGAACGGCACCGACGGUAGUCUGGGUGUCGCAGUCGACGCCAUUGGCGCCGGUGCCGCCAAGCACCAUUUCUUGGGUGUGACCAAGCAGGGUCUGGCCGCCAUUACCAAGACGUCGGGCAACGAGCACUGCUUCGUCAUUCUCCGCGGUGGCACCAAGGGCACCAACUACGACAAGGACAGCGUCAAGGCGGCGCGCGCGGCGCUGAAGGCGAAGGGCCAGAGGGAGGUGAUGAUGAUUGACUGCUCGCACGGCAACUCCAACAAAAACCACCGCAACCAGCCCAUCGUCGCUGGCACCAUCGCCGACCAGAUUCGCGAGGGCGAGACGGGCAUUGUCGGCGUCAUGAUCGAGUCGAACAUUCACGAGGGCAACCAGAAGGUACCGGCCGAGGGCCCUUCGGGACUCAAGAAGGGUGUCAGCAUCACCGACGCUUGCAUUGACUGGGAGACGACGGUCGACGUGCUCGAGAAUCUGGCCGCCGCCAUCAAGGAGCGCAGGGAAAGGGCCAACGGCGUCAACGGCACGCACUAA